AUGCAUCUCGACGGCUUCGAGAGGCACCUGGCGCCCGGGUUAUCUAAUCUGACUUGGGCAUCCCUUAAUAUAGAAGGGUUCUUGCAGUCUGCGACCGCUGCUUUGGAAAAACUGGAUUUGUUGGUGGUGACAGUCAACGACAUUAUAGAGAACAGAAUAGAAAACAACAUCAAGUCACUUGCCGAAACACUCCUAGUAGACCUACCAGCUGCGGGCGAAGUGAUAUCUCUAAAUCGUUUCGUGGAAAUGCAAGAACACCACGUCGCGAAGUGCACAGAGCUGCUUAAUGCUCGCUCUGUAGAAAUCGAAAACGCUGUUAGAGACCUGCUUGAAGUCAUUCAGAAACAGCCCUUGGAGCUGGCUAACUCUGCAGUGGGCAAUACUGCCGACCGUAACCCAAUAUCAUGUUUCGCAGGCUCAGCGCCAUCUGCGUGCGCCGUUAACGCCAUAUUCGAGGUUGAUAUUCAGUUGGACGGGACGGGGGUGAGGCUUCAGCCGUCGAUCGACGACUUUCAGGAGGCAAUAAACAGGUCGGCAGUGGCGAUCUUAAAUUGUUCAAAAGGUAUUCGCCAGUGGGGUGCAAGUGAAAGAAGAGACGGGAGUGAGGCCGCAGCAGGCCCACGCUGUAACGGCUUUAGUGACCGCAUGACGGGGGAGAGGGACAUCCAGAAAGUUCUUCUGUGCUUUCUCGGAUCAAUCCAAAAUAUCCGAGACGAGGUCUCCAAGUACCUCGUUAAAUUUGACGCAUUCAAGUGGCUCUGGUCGGAGCCUUGCAAGGAGAACUACUUAGCAUUCGCGAAGCAGAAUCCAUCAUUGGAGGACUUUGAAAAAAAGCUGAAAAGCUUUCGAGACGUUGAAACACAACUGAACUCAAUGGAGCAGGCAAAACCGAUUGGAAUGCUGCUAAUAAACAGUUCGGCGCUUUUCCCCCAGCUAAUAGAGCUUGCCAGAAAGUGGAACGUAUACUACCUUAGCCAAUUACACGUCAGCGCGAAGGAACGCUUGGAGAAACUAAUGGAGCAGAUUCGACAGGGGUAUAAAGGUCUUCAUCGUCCGGUGGCCGACAUAGAUGCCUUGCGGCACGUCAUGGACACACUCACGUCGAUAACUCAACAGGAAUCGGACAUAGAGACACAGUUUGAGCCGGUCUUCACGAUGUACAGCAUGAUCGACCGCUAUCUUCCAAGCAAUGUGGUACUUAUUGACAAAGACGAACAAGACCAGAGGCUUCUUCUGCGUUCGUCUUGGUCCAAGUUGAUCGAGGAAGCUCAGGAAGCGCAAGCGCGCCUGCAAAAAAUGCAGCCAACGUACAAGAGGGAGCUCAUUCUUAACAUUAAUGCCCUAAAGGCAGACUCGAAACAGUUCAGGGAAGAGUUUACGAAAAACGGGCCUGCAUGCCCGGGCAUUAGACCCAGGGAUGCAGUGGAGCGUGUCAAACGGUUCAAAGCAGAAUGUGAUGUACGAACCCGGAAACAGGAAGUCUACUACGCAGGGGAGGAACUCUUCGGCUUUCCCCAUCAGGCGUAUCCGGAACUCGAGCAGACAAAAAAGGAGUUAGCGAACUUGACUCUGCUCUAUGACAUUUACGUCCAGGUCAUAGAUACUAUCAAGGAGUGGAAAGAUAUACUUUGGGCAGAAGCUCCCCCGCAAAUACCCUACAUGACGGAAAAGAUCCAGAACUUUUCAGACGCUUGCAGAAAAUUGCCCAAACAGCUGAAGACCUCUGACGCCUUCGCUGAGCUCAAGAAGGAAAUAGACGACUUUACAGAAGUUUUGCCGCUUUUGAAGGAGCUGAGCAAACCGUCCAUCGUAGCACGUCACUGGAAGCAGGUAGAAGACGUCAUUGGGAAACCCCUUGGUACUGAGAACGAGAUGACGCGCUUGCAAGCACUACUUGAUGCAGAUCUGCUUCAGUACAAGGAUGACAUUUUUGACAUCUGCGAGUCAGCAGACAAACAAUUGGUGAUAGAGGGGAAACUAAAAGACAUUGAGAACAUGUGGAAGACUAGCAUGCUUGAAUUCGGCAAAUGGAAAUCACGAGAUUACAACUGCAUUCUGCAAGGAGGACGCGUGCAAGAGAUUCAGGAAAUGCUUGAGGAGUCUCAGAUGACACUCAACACGAUGAAUGCCAUGCGCCAUGUCGCACCUUUCAAAGAAAGGGUAGUCAACAUGCUCACCACACUCUCAGAUGUCGCAGACACAAUCGAAAGCUGGACAAAAGUUCAAGUAUUGUGGACAUCACUGGAGCCCGUAUUCACUGGAGGUGAUAUCGCUAAGCAGAUGCCUGGCGAGGCCAAGAGGUUCCAUGCCAUUGACAAGGACUGGACAAGGAUUAUGGCAAGAGCAUCAGAGACUCUCAUUGUAGUAGAGUGCUGUCAAAAUGAGCUUCUGAGACAGCUACUCCCCACGCUAUUCUCUGGUCUUGAGAGCUGCCAAAAAUCGCUGGAGUCGUACCUUGAGGGCAAGCGCAAUAAGUUUCCGCGUUUUUAUUUCGUGUCUAAUCCUGUACUUCUGAAGAUCUUGUCUCAAGGAUCGGACGCAGAAACUGUUCAAGAUGACUUGGGAAAGUUGUUUGACGCCAUUUCCAGAGACUGUCGGGCGUUCGAGCGUGUGUUGAAGGUUGAAUUUGACAAAGCGGAUCGAAAGAAGAUAACAGCUAUUAAAAGCGUAGCCGGCUCAGCAGAAGAAGUGGUUCUUCUGAGUAAUCCUGUGAAAGUGGAGGGAAACAUAGAAGAGUGGCUUCGUUCGCUGGAGUCCCAAAUGCAAAAAUCAGUUCGGAGGGAAUGCAAAUACGCUGCUCAUGAGUCUGGGUCCAUAUACACGCAAAUGACGUUGCGGGAGUUCUGCGACAAGUACAUUGCCCAGGUCUCGCUACUAGGGCUUCAGAUGGUGUGGACAGCGGACUGCCAGGAAGCCUUAGACAAGAUGUCUAAAGAACGCGACCGCACAAUAAUGUCACAAACAAACAAAGUCUUCGCCACUAUGAUGGCAGAUCUGGUGCAAUGCUGCUUGUCGGACCUUGGGACUAGCCUCAACCGCACAAAGUACGAAACGCUUGUUACGAUUCAUGUCCACCAGCGAGAUGUGUUCGCCGACAUUUGGAAGAAAGUCAAGGAGCACCGCCUCAAGGAUUCAAGCGAUUUUGAAUGGAUGAAACAGACCCGCUUAUACUGGAACAACGACGCAGAAAGUGCAGUCAUCUCAAUUGCCGACGUCGAGUUUUCGUACUGCUAUGAGUAUCUUGGGGUCAAGGAGCGGCUGGCGAUUACUCCGUUGACAGAUAGGCAAAGCGGUUUAUGGGGCUGCUUCGACGAAUUCAAUCGAAUCGACUUGGAGGUCUUAUCAGUUGUCGCAAUGCAGAUAGAGUCCAUAACCAUGGCAAAAAAACAAGCUCUAAAGUCAUUUUUGUUCCCCGGGGAGUCGGCGCCCAUCAAGCUAGUGCCAACCACAGCAUACUUCAUUACCAUGAAUCCGGGGUAUGCGGGAAGGCAGGAACUGCCGGAAAACUUGAAAGUGUUGUUUCGAAGUGUGUCUAUGAUGGUCCCUGAUAGACAGAUAAUCAUAAAGGUCAAACUGGCUUCGGUAGGGUACAUGGAUAUUGACAACCUUUCAAAUAAGUUUAAAGUGCUCUACGGCUUGUGCGAAGAACAGCUUUCAAAACAGAGACACUAUGACUUCGGUCUGAGAAACAUCUUGUCCGUGCUUAGAACAGCGGGAGCUACAAAACGCAGCGAGCCGGAUGCGGACGAAGAAAUGCUGCUCAUGAGAACUCUUCGUGAUAUGAACUUAUCCAAGCUGGUUGCGGAUGAUGUUCCCCUCUUUCUUUCACUCCUGUCCGACAUUUUCCCUCGUCAAUCCAAUCCGCCAAAGACAGUAUAUCAGGAGAUCGAAAACGCAGUUGUGCAGGAGCUACAGAAACGUGGGCUCGUUCGUACUGAUGAAUUCUUUCUCAAAAUUAUGCAGCUCUACGAGUGUACUGUUGUGUUCCUACCUCAGACGUCUGUCGUCCGUCAUGGGUUCAUGCUGGUUGGCGACUCUUGUUCCGGGAAGACAACAAUUGCAAAUACACUCACAGCGGCACUAACAGCCACAGGGCAGCAAACACGAAUUGUGACGAUGAACCCGAAAGCAAUCACUGCUCAGCAGAUGUACGGCGUCAAGGAUGCAAUAUCCGAUGAAUGGACACCAGGUAUAUUUGCCUGGAUGUGGUCCCGUUACAACAAUCGGGCGUUGAAAUUCAAUACCUGGAUAACGUGUGACGGGCCCGUAGACGCCAUUUGGAUUGAGAACCUCAAUACAGUUCUGGAUGACAACAAAAUAUUGACCCUAGCAAACAAUGAUCGCAUUCCAAUGACGGAAAACACAAGGUACAGAUGCAGGGUUCAAGCAUUCGUCACUAGCAGCUACCCAGUGCCGAACGUGCCCGUCAGUUCUACGGUUUGCCCUGCAGAAUGCACCCUAACAACAAUGCAGCGCACAGUUGUCCCGCUGUGCUACUUUUUUACUGCAUUCAGGAUCGUGUUUGAGGUAGAAAAUCUUAACAAUGCGUCACCAGCUACUGUAAGCCGAGCUGGGAUUAUCUUUGUUUCCUCGUCGGAUUUAGGAUGGAAGCCGUUAAUUCAGAGCUGGCUGGAGCACCUUUCUGUAGAAACACCUGAAGGACCUCAGAAGGCGAAAAUAAUGAGAGAACUUUUUGACAAGUGA